AUGAACCAUCCAAGCCCGACGACGAGGACGAGGAGUUUGCUUGUCUACGAGGAUGAUCUUGAACUCUUGAGCGAGGCUGACAUGCUUGAAAAAGCCUUGGAAGAACUCAAUGUCGAAAGCGUCAUGGAUGAAGAAGUUUACCAUCGUAUUGCCAUUGCCUUUGUCUAUUUCAACGUCUUGGGCGCGCCUCCUAGAGAGAUGUGGGGAAAGAAUAGAGGGAACAUGGCAAAGAUCAAGGAUAUCCUCAAUAUUCCAUCCGUUACCAAGAUUGACUACGUCUUGGAGGAUCUCGUUGAAUGCAAAGCCAAGAAACGUCGAUACACUGGCAAGCGUCAAGCCUCAGGUCAAACCCGUCCACCCAAGAUUCCGAAUGGUUCCCGGGAAGCCCAGAUCGUUACGAAUCAUCUGGAGGCUGGCUUCAGCAUUCGACAAGCCACGUUGCAAGUCAAUGACCACCGCCGGGAGAACGAUCAAGAGGAAGUUUUCAUUUCUGCUGAGGACGAGUUGACAGAUGAAGCCAAUGCAUUCAUGGACUCGCAAGGCAAGGAUGGCAAUCGUCCUGAAUGGUUCUUGGCGGAUAAGUUGACCAAGAUUGACCUUACUAAGGUCGUUUUCUGGGAUGAGACUCACCGCAAGUGUGUCAUUGGGCAAGGGGCUUCGCAAGCUGGUCGCAAGUUCCAUUUGAAGUUCCGCCGCGAUGCAAAUGGAAAGCUCAACCCCGGCAUGGUUGGAGGAAAAGGGCUAUCUCAAGCAUUGGAUCUUGCCGGAGUGUGGUCUCAACACUCACACUCCCAAGCACAAGCGGUACUAUUCCCAAGCACCAGUGGGUAA